AUGGCAUCGGCGGCAACGGCGCCAAUUGACGACGCGCCGCCUACGUACGACGAGCUCGAAGCUGAUGCCCCCUCCCCGGCCGGUGGCAGGGUACCAGCGAAGAUGCUCGUCACCGUUGACUUGGGACCUGAGGGGAGAAGACGAUGA